AUGUCGUUACAAGAUUCUCAACCCGGCAUCAGUGGUGCAAAAUUGCAUUGGGAAAAAGUCUACACGGAAAAGCCCAACGAUGAUCAAGUGAGUUGGUUUCAACAAGUUCCCGGAACCUCUCUCACUCUCAUUCAAGAGUGUUCUCAAUUUUUACGAAAUGAAAAUGACACUCCACAACAGCUGAUCGACAUUGGUAGUGGAAAUUCCAAUCUCGUGAUUGAAUUAUUAAAGACAUGUGUAAAACAGCAGAAGGAUACAGAAAUUCCUUCUUUGAUUCGUUCCUUUAUUUUGGUUGAUAUUUCAGGAGCAGCUUUGGAGAGAACUCGUGACAAACUUUUCAAAGAAGUAUCAAGAGAGCAAAUUUCGAACGAAGGAUUGAAAGUGGAAUUUGUUGAGAGUAAUGUCUUGUUAUUGGAUCAACACACAAUGUUUCAUUCCCAAAUUCCAAGUGUUGACAUUUGGCAUGAUCGAGCGACCUUUCAUUUUCUGACAGAUGAACAAGAUCAACUCUCAUAUUUGAAAGUCUUGUCUAAAAUGUUGCGAGUUGGAGGUUAUUUCGUAUUGGCAACUUUUUCUUCAAAUAAUGGUCCUAAACAAUGUAGUGGAUUGCCCAUCGUUCAAUAUAGUGUUGAAAAAUUGGAAAUGCUCUUUGAAAAGGUCAAAGAUUUGAUGGAAUUUAAGUGUGUUAAGAAUUUUGAGCAAAUUCAUGUGACUCCAUUCCAAACACAACAAAACUUUUUGUUUUGUGUUUUUCAACGAGUGAAAUAA